ACCGCUACACGUUUAAGGUUUAAUUAUAGUGCGUUACUUCACAAGGUUUCGUUAACCGCGGUUGGAUUGCUAGCUGUUAAAUCAUCGUCUGUAGGCAGUUCCAAGUGGAGGUUGUAUCUGUCAUAAAGGUUUCGAAGGUUAAUAUAGGCUGCUUAGCUACCCGUGUUUACGAUUGAGGGCUGAUUUGGUCAUUUGAUGAUGCGAAUAACAUCCUUGAGGCUUCUUCAUGUUCAAUCACUUCUUUGCAUAUUUUAUAUUUCAUCCUUUAUUUUCGGGUUGUUUGUCCCUUUAGUGGUAGAUUUACUGUCUCUUCCUUUUUCGAGUAUACAUGACAUUUACAGGCUUUUCACUUUCCACUUAGUGACGGAUGAGAUUUGUGUUUUCAUUUUUACAAUUCUGGCCAUUUUUAUCUACGCAAAGCUUGUAUUUCAUGUAUGGAGCAGAACUGAAAUACUUUUCUUCUAUUGGUUCGUAAAUACGAGUGCCGGAAUACUUGCAAUUAUCCCAGAGAUUUUCUUCGGUAAUAACAUUUUUAUCAAACGGAUCAAUGGGAAUUCUGCAUUUUUGUCUUCUGUACUCGUAGUUCUUAUCCAACUAAGUAUGGAUCAAUCACUUGUAAAGAUCAGGGGUUUCAACUUUAAAUCUCAAUAUGGUCUCCCUGCUGUGUCGAUUACAUUUUUGUGUUUGUGGACAGUAGGGUUUAUCAGGCUCUCUUCUGGUAUUUUGUUUUGUUAUGGGAUCCUGUGUAGUUGGUGCUACCUCCGCUUUCUGCAACGUCAUCCUCAAGGAAGGAGAGGCGAUUAUCGUCCCGUGUUCGCGUUCGCCAGUUGGUUGUCCUCCGGUGAAACUAGUGUCACUAUACCCGCAUAUAUUUCUGCCAAGUUUACGUACCCAUCGUUAUGAGGCUUGCUGAACUUGUUAGUGUUAAUCUUUCUAUACUCUUCCCCGAACCAAUAGACAAAAUAGUCUCGAUUCCGUCCAACGUUUUUUAUCAACUUCUACUUCGAACCAAGUUUUGUCCUGGACUAAAAAGAGAAAGUGAAGUUACUGUAGAACCUUUACUGACCUUCGGCCCACAUGGAAUGGUAUCUUCUGAUCCAGAACGGCAUCGGCGCAUUGCUCUGAAGGCUCUAAAUGAACGCUUCGCAAAAGCUGGUGUUUCUUCAAGGGCACAAAAUGAAGUCAUCGAAUGGCCAAGCCUGAUCGAUCCUGAUGACACACAAAAGACGGAUAACAACAAGUCAGAUGAAUCCAGUGUGAUAAUCGAGUUGCCAACUAUUACGAAUCCUUCAAGUACUGAUACUUUAAACACAUUAAACUCAUCUAAUGUGUGAAUCUUGAGCUAAGGAGAUAGUUUUUAUACAAUUUAUAUGUGAGAUCCUAGGUUUUGUACCAUAGUUUUGACUUAUUUUGUUCACUUUAUUCAUCCAAUAACUUCUUUACACUUGGUUUUUUAUAUUGUAAGUUCUAUUCGCUUAAACAUGAAGUCAUGUAUUUUGUUACUAGCUUAAGCGUCUUUUUCCUUGUUAUUUUUAUGAUUUUUGAUUAAAUAUUUUGCUUCAGAGACCUUAUCAAGCUCACUAGCGGGACAGUAGUAGUAAAUGAAACUGCUAACGGAGGUCGAGAUGUAGAGUUAAAUCCAGUAACUUGUUUUAAUUUAUUCGUAAUGAAGAAUAUAUCUAAACUGCAUUACGAAUAGGUUUUGAGUUGUUAAUGUAACAAAAGUAAUAACUUGUUCUUCCUGCCAUUACGGCUUUAUCAUGACCAACCUAUACUCCCUAUCUGUAGACAGAUGUUACACCGCUUUUCUAGUUUGUUUUUUACUACCGUCCAGUCUAUUUUGAUGGGUAUUUGGUGGGCUUAUAUAACUUUUCGUUGCCUUGGCAACUGCGGAUUCACUACCCAAUUAUCUGAGUCUCUCUUCUUGCAGGCAACUUAGUUGAAAUUCUGUUCCCAAUCAGCCAAUUUAGAUGGUAUAUAUAGGGAGGUAUAGAAUUCUUCAGUAGUGUUCUCCGGUAGUUACUGGGGACGUUUCAGAACUGCUGAGAGUAGAUGACGGUAACAAAGCUUCAUCCACUUGUAAUCUGAGUCAUCGGUUUGAUCCUUAUAUAAAAACUGAGGUACAAUUGUUAUCGCAAAGCGUUCGAAAAUCGUUUUGUUGUUUCAGAUGUCGAUUUCGUUUUCUAUGUUGAGUUUACUCUUGGAUGGUUUGAGCUGUGUUGGUAGGUUAUAUUAAAUGAAACACUAUCUGUUCUCAUUUUGACCAUUUUGAACUGCGAGAUUAAGAGGAUCACAAGAUUUAAACCAUAAAUUAGGGGGCUGAUGAACCACAGACUAGUUUCAUCAUCUGAUUCCAUAAUUUGCAGCUAACUUAGUAUAUUUUCUGUGUUCUCCAAAAAAGUGACGAAAUUAUUCAUACAGAGUAUUAUCAUCUGGUUAAAUGAUGUGUAUAAUUUUUUAUUGCUUUUUUCAAACUUCCCUUUUAGAAAAUAUAUAUCUCAAGUGGGUCCUAGAAGGUUUUGACAAAUCUUAAUCUUCAAGCUAAAUGACUAAAUUUUGUUCGACAUUCCGUUGAAAUUUGUUUCUUACGCUAACUAGAAUAUUAUAGGCUCACAUUCUACGCAACCCAUUUUUAUUUGACUCCUGUGGUGGCGAAUUUCGUUCUCAGAAUGCACACAUAACAAAACGUGAUUUUUACUACUCAACUCUACAAAAAGUCGUUGAAACUGUUUUGAUUCGUGAUCCUAUUGUGACUUCUAAGGUCAUAUACUCUUAGUCGGGAAAUUAGAAGUAGAGUUUAGGGGAAACUCAAGACCUUUCUUUUUUUAAAACAAAAAUCUACAAUGGCUUGUAUUUUAAAAUGUAUCUAGUUAUUUUAUGUUAUGACUAUGUAGAUGUAACGUCAUAAGUUUUUUCCUAAAAUAGUCCUAAAUAUCAUCAUUCGAGAAUGUUUCUGACACUCAGUUGUGUUUUAUGAUAUAUUGAAUAAUAAUUGCCUCUAUAUUUUCGAAUGCCAUUUUACUUUUCCAAGCGACUCUUGUCCGUAAACAUGCGUGGAAUUGAGUGCGAAUUCUGACGUGGGGUUUAAGUUCAUUGGUUUUUUUCUCACCUCCGGGCAAUGCAAGUAUGUAUCCAAAGUUGAUUUGACUUCACAAGACGAAAGCGAUGCUGAUUCUGUGUUACCAGUAGUCAGUUUACAAGAGAAAUUAUUCAGUCUAGCCAUGUGAUUGCUGAAUCUAUAUCUUUCAGACUCAGAUCCUGCAGCAAAUAGGAGGCGAAAAACAAUAUUAAAAUUACAACAUUAUCUUUCUAAACAUAUAGUUAUGUGCAUAUCAUACUGCAAUGUGUUAACUUAUUAUUGGUGUAAGAUGUGAUAGUAUCAAAACUAUUAAAGUAAUUUGAUCGCAGACUAGGAUCCCAAGUUUGCGCCUGCCUUGUGAUGCAUUUUGAUGAUUUCCCCAGUCUAUGUCCUAUUCACUUCCAACGUCUUUUCAUAAUUUCCUCUUCAACUGGAAGGUGGUUUGUUCUCCUGUAUUAGGCUGUUGCUGAUGGCAUCCGGUCAACGGACAUUGAGUAUAUUGUGUAGACAAUUGUUUAUAAGUACUUGUACAGUACCGUCUUGAUGUUCGUAUUGAAGAUUUUAACUUUGAUACUGGUUGACGGUUGUUUUGAGUUUCAUAAGUUCUCCAACUGUAGAGAUGUUGCCCUUGGUUUGUCAAUCCUUGCCUUUACGUCUGCAUCCGAUCCUCCUUGUUUGUGAAUGAUGCUGCCCAUGUACGUGGAAGUUCGCACCUCUUCCAGAGUUUCCCCAUCAAGUAUGAUUGGGUUGGUGUUCUCCGUAUUGUAUUUGAGGAUCUUGCUUUUUCCCUUGUGUAUGUUGAGGCAUAGUGAUGCAUAGGCUUUUGCUAUACUGGAUGCUUUGUUCUGUAUUUGUUGGUAUGUAUGAGUAGAAGGGCUAGGUCAUUCGUGAAGUCUAAAUCGUCUAGUUGUUUCCAAUCUAUCUAUUGUAUUCUGUGCUUCUGCUAAGAUGUGGAGGUCCCAUUUAGUUAGAGUAUGUCGUUAAAGGUAAAGCUAAUAAUUUUAUCAUUCGAAACGGAUUGGAUUAGUUCACAAGUCAUGUUAAAUGUCUUAAUACCAUUUGAAUUACUCAUUGUUCACGGAAAGUCGUAUUAUUAGAAAUUUUUUAAAAUUCCUUAUUAAUGUUUGAGUUAACCAUAAUUAUUCUAAUCAGUAUUUUUACCAAAAAUUAUAACUAUUAAGAUGUUUUAAACUUGUUUCUAUUUCAGUGACUUAUACUACAUACAUUUAUGUUAACAACGAUUACUGAAAGCCAUCGGAACUUAAUAAACAAUAAUUAUGGUAACCAUAUAAAAGUCUUGAGUAUCCACAAAUAGUACAGUAAUUUUCACUUUUUAGACUUUUGUUCAAUCUGACUUUCACCUUGCAUGUUAUUGUCAAACAAGACAGGAUAUGAGAUAUGAGUGACUAUUUGAUAGCUUAUUUUGAGGAAAUCUUGUUUUUUUUCUGGUUAUUUAUUCCUGAUUAUGUUAUCUACUGGAAAUCUUUGGUUACUGAAACUGGAUUGAUAGACUACUAGGUCUUUAGCUAUGUAGUAUAGCUAGGUCUUUAACUAAAGUGACAAUAAUAUCAAGUUACCUGCAUUACGUAAUAUUUGAUCUGCACGUCGGCUCGCGAAAUAAUUACUUUGUAUCCGAUUAUCUAGUUUAGCGUACAGUCUAGAUUCUUUUUUAUUGGCCCAUUUCAAAUCUUUUAUUGCAUUAUAUUCUGCGUUACCAUCUGUGGUUCCGUAAUUUGAGUCAUAUCGAUUAGACGAAUUGUCUGAAUUCACUGAAGGCAAUUGUGUAUGUUCAAUGACCAUUUGUGGUAGGAUCCAUUCAUUCUUUUCUGCAUCAAAUCUAUUUUUGUUUGAUAAAAAAAUAUUUGGUGCACUCCAAACUUAACUUCAAAAGAACAUAAAAUAUUGGAUGAAUAAGUCGAAAAUAAAUACAGUUUGAACAGGAAUUUAUUGUAUUUUUUAAGUAGUUGGGUUCCAAGAAAUACAAUUGAUUUAUGAAUUCUUAUAGAAAUUUAUAUCAGUUUCCUAUUGUCCAUUUCACUUUCAGUAAGAUAUAAAUUUACCAUGAACAUCCGUAAACAUGCUGUAGAUAAUAUGAGUAAAUGGUUAGUUGAGAGAUAAAAUGUAUACCGGUAAAAUCUAGUUUAUGGAUAGACAAAGGUCGAUAGAUACACUGAAAUUGAGGAGUCUAUAGUGAACGAAGACUUGAGGAUGACCAAUUUAUUGUUCGAUGACAAAUCAUAUAGUGUCUCAGUAAAGCAUGAAAAUCAUUCGUUAAAUGCGUCAUUUUCAUAUCUUUGAAACGCCUCUUGCAAACCUCAUCGUUCAUUCACUCCUGUUGUUACAUUGAUUGCUAUCGGUUUUCUUCUCUUGCUUUUUCUUCCUGUUGCCUUCAAUUCAAUCUUCUGUUGCCAGGCAUUCCACUUUCGAUUGGUGCUACAUACUACUUAUACCUGUCAGCAUAAGUAGGAUAUAUCCAAAUUAAUAAUCCGAAAAAUGGACAAUACAAAAGUCUUUUAACGCCGGAGAACUGCGAUUAGUAUUUUCUACGCGCCCAAUGUUUACACCGAAGCUAAAAGAUGAAUUACCUAGAAUGACCACCUCAUUUUGUAUUUAUCAGUUCAACUGCUCCUGUGGAGCGAGUUAUAUUGGUCGAAGUUCUAGGAAUUCACAUUCUCGUGCUCGUGAACACCUUCCAGCGUGGCUAAACAAAGGUUUGAUGAAGAAGGUGAAUAGCUCAAUAUUGGCCCAUUUAGUACAAACCGGUCAUAGUGCCAGUAUAAACCAAUCUUUCUCAAUUAUUUAUAAGGAACUGAUCUUCCUCCUGGAAACUCAGUAAUCGACAUAAAUUACGCCCAUGAUAUAGUCCUAUUUGAUGAAUAUAUUAAUACAGAGCCUCAUGGACACAUUGAGUAGCAAAUCUGUUAUAUGAGGUGUUACAUAAAUUAGAAGAAAUAACAAGGAGAAAGGAUGUGCAUAUUUGAAGAGACGAUUACUGAGUCAUAAAUUCAAGUUGGUAAAGCCUUUCGGACGAGUUGGAAUUACAAACAUCGAUGAGGUAUUUACCAAACGCGAGGUUUCACAUUCUUCAGGAUUAUAACGAAGAGUCUCUGUGUUCUUUGAUACAAAAUAGGAUCUAACUAAAUCCCUCUUAUAUAAAAGCCCGCCAAAUCAACUAGAUUUAAUUUACCGGCCCUUAUAUGGUUGUAAUCAAGCAGAUUGUCACUUCGAUCAAUCAUUUCUAAAUAGAUCGUGAAAAUAGAAUGUGAUCGACUACUGUCAGCGUUCAUUAAUGUUGCUCCAGUUGAACGAUUUUUCCAUCCACGUACCAUUAUAUUCUGAAAUGAAAUAUAAUUUAGACAACUUAAUUUUCGUUUUUAAACAGUUUAGUUCCUGGUCUGUGUACCAGCUUUUACAAAGAAUGUGUAAAAUAGCAGAAGUACGAAAUUUUGGAUUUAUAUGACAGUUUUGUGUCAGCGGCGGCCUGCUUGAGCAUCUGGGCUACCUGUUCCUGCCAUCUAGAUAUUUCAACAAGUUAUCUAUCUUUGUUUGUUUUAAUAUAUCAUUAUGUCUAUUAAUCGCACAACCUAUACUGCUGCGUUUCUGAAAAAUGUACAACCUUUCGUUAUUAAAGUUACAAAAAGCUCAAAAAGAGAGAAUAUGGUUGCUGGCAAUGUACAACGAAAAGAAUGUACAUCAUUCCCAUGUUCAUUUACUGGACUGAUAACAUCUAGCUGGCGACCACUCAGUAUUUAUCGCGAGGACCGACCAAGAAGAAAGAAACGGAAACUUGUUGAAAUACUUUGUGCUGAGAAUUCUAUAUUGUACCAAUAAUAUAAUAUUGAAUAAAGCUAUU